AGUGGGCGAGAAAGAGACGACAAGCUACACGAACGCCAAGAAAAAGUCACCGCGGGACGAGGGCCACGUCUACGCCGGUUUGGAGUGCUAGUCGACAAAGUCUUUUCUCUGGCACUUAGUCGACGUGAAUCUUUGCUAGUCGGAGUCGUAAUUGAAAAGUGAAUUCGCUAACUGUUGUUGUUUAUUGUACGGAAAAAUGACUGUAACCAUGAUUGGCAAGUGUCUCUUUCUGGGACUUUUCGUGGUGGCCAGUACUCUAGCCGCCGAGGAGGAUGUCUUUGAGUGGACCGACGGCGACUUCGUUGAGGAGCUCAAGCGCCAUGACAACACGCUUGUCAUGUUUUACGCACCUUGGUGUGGUCAUUGUAAACGACUGAAACCAGAAUAUGCCAAAGCUGCAGAACUUUUGAGAGGUAACGUUCCACCAAUCAGCCUUGCCAAAGUUGACUGUACUGAGGCUGGUAAAGAGACAUGUAACAAGUACUCUGUUAGUGGAUAUCCAACACUGAAAAUCUUUGCCAAAGAUGAGCUAAUUGAUGAUUACAAUGGCCCUAGAGAAGCAGCUGGUAUUGCUAAAUACAUGAAGGCUCAAGUUGGUCCACCCUCUACUGAAUUAAAAUCUGUGGACGAAUUGAAAGCAUUCUUGAACACUGACGAAGUCGUCCUUAUUGGAUUCUUUGAAAAAGAUGAUUCUACUCUUUCUGCUUCAUUCCAUACUGUUGCUAAAAAGUUGAAAGACAAGGUUAAAUUUGGUCAUGUCAUCGAAAAGUCAAUUCUAGAAAAGGAAGGAUACAAAAACAACAUUGUCCUCUACAGACCUAACAUACUCCAAAAUAAAUUUGAAACUAGCAAGGUUGUAUAUGAAGGUGGAGACUCUGUUUCUGAAGUACAUUCAUUCGUUAAGAAUACGCAUCAUGGCUUGGUUGGCGUACGCACACGCGACAAUGCUGAAGAUUUCAAAAACCCCUUGAUCGUCGCUUACUACAACGUUGACUAUGUAAAGAAUCCUAAGGGUACCAACUACUGGCGUAACCGUAUUAUGAAGGUUGCCAAGGAGUUUGCUGAGUAUAACUUCGCCAUUUCCUCCAAAGACGAUUUCCAACACGAACUCAAAGAGUUCGGUAUCGACUUCUACAAAGGAGACAAACCCGUCAUCCUUGCUCGCGACGAACGUAACCAGAAGUUCGUUCUUCAAGACGAAUUCAGCCUGGAAAGUUUCGAGACUUUCUUGAAUGAUUUGCAAUCCGGUUCGUUGGAACCCUACCAAAAGUCUGAACCCAUUCCAGAGGAUAAUACUGGUAGUGUUAAAAUCGCUGUUGCCAAGAACUUCGAUGAGAUCGUCACCAACAACCCCAAAGACAUUCUGAUUGAAUUUUAUGCUCCAUGGUGCGGACAUUGCAAGAAGCUUGCUCCAAUUUAUGAUGAACUGGGUGACAAAAUGGCUGAUGAGGAUGUAGAGAUUGUUAAAUUCGAUGCUACAGCAAAUGACGUACCGUCGAAUUUCGAGGUCCGAGGAUUUCCUACUCUCUUCUGGGUACUAAAGGACAAGAAGGAUAGUCCAGUUAAAUACGAAGGUGGCCGUGAGCUUGAUGACUUCAUCAAGUAUAUUGCCAAGCAUUCCUCCAAACCACUGAAGGGAUAUGACCGCACCGGCACCCCAACCAAGGCACCACAAGACGAGUUGUAAAAUAAUGGAUAGACGUCAUUUCUUCCCUUAUCUUGAAACGUGACUGCUUUAAUGAAGCUCAAGCUGGCUUUCUAAUAAUUUUUUACCAUUUUUCCGUUCAUAUAACUUUGUGCAUUUCUUUGAAAUCUUGUUUCCGUCAAUAUUUUUAUUUCUCAUUAUGAAACAGUUCAUAUGAUACUCCAUGUUGCUGAAUAAGCAAUAAAAGCAGUCUACGUCUCAACGGAUGUCGUUUUAGUGUUUCAAGUUCUAUCCGUCAUGUGAAAUCGCUAGAACGGCCAUUCCUCAUAAAGCUGUGUUUUCUCAAUUAAAUGUUCAAGCGAUGAACAUCAGUGGCAAUGGCCAAUGCCACAGGCUAAAACGAAGGGUACUAUUUUUCGAGAGCGUAUAAACUCUUUUUUAUAGGAAUGGUAUCAGAAAUUAUUAUAAUUGCCGAAUGAGUGACUUAAUACGUGUGAAUCCAUUUUUUAUGUUCUUCCGUAACGAUAAUGCAUCAUUGAUGAUCUGUGUCCGUUUUUAACAGAAAGAAUGUUUUAGCAGCAUAAGGCAUUUACAGAUAAAUAUAUUUUAAAAUGUCUCUCGGACUCAUUAGCGACAUUAAAUUUAUAAAUUACUGUCAAUAUAUUUUGUUCCAUCCAAAAAAUGUAAUUAUACACGUUGCAACGAUUAUUUAGUUUUGUUUAUACAACUUUCAUUAAAU